AUGGUUGGCCUGCCGUUCCCCGACAGCGGCGCAGACACCCGCGAGCUGUCCUGGGACACCGGCACCCCCUUCUCUGCUAGUGGCGACAUCCCGAUUGACCCGGCCCUCAACGAGCCCCAGCUCGACCCCGCCCUGACGGCCGAGCACGACGACCUCGCACGCGUAGAGACACCACCACCCCCGUCCGACGCACAGCCCUACCUCACCCCGCGCGUCGAUCACUACCCGCAAGGCCCGCAAGGCGAUCCCUUCGCCCAGCCGUCUCCUGUUUACAUGCUGGAAGAGCAAGAGGAGCCACGCGAGCGGGUGCCCCUCCCUGCGAAACCAUACAAGAAGCGCAAGCGUCCGCCCAUCCGCGAGGAGGAGUGUGGGUUCUGUCAUGGCAAUGACGACCACAACAAGGACGGAGAGGUCGAGCAGAUGGCCUCGAUGCUCAUAUGCGACUUCUGCGAUCGAGGAUGGCAUAUGUCGUGUUUCUCUCCCCCAUUUCGCGAGCCGCCCGAAGGGCAGUGGAAUUGUCCCUCCUGUCCCCCGGUUGGCUCAGAACCAAUACAAUCGGACCUCCCUGACGAAACCAUCGUCGAUCAAGUACUGGGCGACGUCCAGCCAGAACCGUCAAUACGAGAAGCUUCUGUGGCCUCAUCAUCUCGACAUGACCCUCCACCAUCAUCCAGCGCCCCAGAACCCACGGACCACGCGAAUACGACCGAUGCUUCGGAAGUUGAAGUCGACCCUGUAGGGGAGCCGACGCCUCGCCGGAGAACAGGCCGCAAAAGCAGGAAGGGGAAGCAAGUCAUUCAGGACGAAGAAGAUGACAACCUUUCGCCCGCCACCCCUAUUGGAAUGACGAAAAGACUCCGUCUGCGCAUGAGCUCUCCGCCACCAGUACCUCAGGCAUUCGAAGCGCCGUCCCUCCGUCUUCGAGUGCCCGCCCGUGGCAAGGGGAAGUCUCGAGAAGACGCGGACGAUUCAGAACGAGGGAUGUUCGACGAUAUCUUGGCCCCCGAGGAUCGGAGCGUACGAGAGACAGCCAUCAAAGACAUCGAUAUACAGAGGUUCGAGCGGAGUCGGGCGAGUGCAGAGAAGUUGGUUGUCCGUCCGCCUCCCGAACCUCCAGAAACACCCAUCGCAGGUCCUUCAAGUCGACCCCUUCGUUCUCAUGCCCUUCCUCCAACCCCGCGCCUUCCGAGCACUUCCAUGUCUCCUGCACCCACCACACCUGGUUCUCAACUCAUGCACCCUCCUAACGGCCUACGAAUACGCAAAAUCCGGUUUGGCGAGUACGACAUCGACACUUGGUACGAUGCCCCGUUCCCGGAAGAAUAUGCCGCGGUUCCCGAAGGCAGACUCUGGAUGUGCGAGUAUUGCUUGAAGUACAUGAAGAGCCGCUUCAGUGCUUCCCGCCAUCAGCUGAAAUGCAAAGUCCGCCAUCCACCUGGUGACGAAAUCUACCGCGACGGAAGGGUGUCCAUCUUUGAAAUGUUCCUGGACCACAAGUCUCUGUUCUACGACGUGGAGCCUUUCUUGUUCUACGUGAUUACUGAGGUCGAUGAUGACGGGGCGCACUUCGUUGGGUAUUUUAGCAAGGAGAAGCUCAGCCCGAAGAACUACAACGUUAGUUGCAUCAUGACGUUGCCGGUUCGACAGAGGCAGGGCUGGGGGAGUUUACUUAUUGACUUCAGUUAUCUAUUGUCGAAGAAGGAACAACGGACGGGCUCGCCAGAGAAGCCUCUUUCUGCACUUGGAGCGUUAGGCUACAAGAACUACUGGACACUGUCUUUAAUGCGCUAUUUAGAUACCGCUCUCCCUAAUCCUCGGUUGGAAGACAUCAGCGCCGCGACUUCCAUGACCAUCGAAGACAUCCACUUCACGCUAAUGCAGCUUGGCAUGAUCGCCGUCUUGGACUCUUCUCAGGCUCCGAAGCCGCUUCCAGGGCAGACCGUGAAGUUUCCCAAGGGUCGCAAAAACGGCAUAGCUCGCAAGCAUCUCCAGCGUACCAUCACCCACGACGACGAGAAGGUGAAGGGCCCGUUCGUUCCCCCCACUACCUACAAAGUUCGGUGGGACCCCGAUCGCGUCGAGGAGUUCCUCACCCGCUGGGAGUCGAAGGGGUACAUCAAACUCGUGCCGGAGAAACUCAAGUGGAGUCCAUUCAUCCUGUCCCGUGCGGCCAAGACCCAGGCGACGGAAGGCGUUGGCACAUUUGGAGAUCACAGUCGCGCCGUCAGCAGCGACGUGCCGUCGGAGCAGAGGAACAGGGAACACACGGACUCGCCUGCGGUGUUCUCACUUUUCGAUGACGAUGUUGUCGAGAUCGUCCGGGCCAGCACGGCGCAUGAAGUCGCCCCAUCCGAGACCACGGAGACUACAGGCCAACGUGCGAGAUCCCCUAGCGUUGAGGUCGAAAUCGUCGAGCGAAGGUCCCCGAGGAAGAAGACACAGAGUCUCGCCGUCGACGGCCCCACUCCUGCUCGGCGCCCUCGUCAACUAUCGUCAACUGUCAAUGGCAUUGCCACCCCUACCCCCCGCCGCGGUCGUCUCCCUCGCCAACAGAGGCCCCCCUCCGAACAGCCGACGAUGGAACGACGUCGUCAGCGCAGCCGCGUGGACUCCGUGACCACCACCCACUCCGUCGACGACGACGCGGCGUUGGCGGCGCGCCUCGCGCAGGAGUUCGAGCGCCCCGCGCGCCAGCUCCGCUCCCGCCGUGGGAGCAUGGACCAGGUCCUCGAGAAGCAUGACUCGGCCUCCCGCUCAGUCUCUCCGCGCAAGCGCCGCCGGGUAGACUCCUCGCCCGAGCCGGAUCCCCUGUCGUCUUCGGCUCGCCAACGGGCCAGCCUCCAGCGUCUGCGUGUGCAGGCCGCGCCGCGCUCGGUGAACGGCCGCUUCGCCCCGAUGACGCCCGCCCAAAAGGCAGCGGCGCGGGCGCAAGAAGAAGAGGAAGAGGAAGAGGUGCCCCAGCUUGCUCCACGACGCCCUCGUCCCCGCCCCCGACCUCGCCGCAAGUUCGCUCCCAAGGACGACGAGAGCGAGGAGGCCGGCGGCGGGCCCCGCAUGGACGGCGGUGGCGCAGAAGAGCACGGCGUCGAGGCCGGGGACGCGGUGCAGUACGACGACGCGGACACACCCGUGACGGGCGCGACCGCGGCGAGCCGGCACAGCGUCCCGAGCGACGACACGAUGAUCGGGAGCGAGCUCGCGCGGAGCAAGGUGUCGCCGAUGGUGCACAUCGCGGACGAACCGCUCUCACCGCUGAGCGUGCUCGCCCAGGUCGCGGGCCAGGUCGCGCGGAGCAGCAAGGCCGCGUUCAUGGUCAAGGAGGCGACGGCAAUCGAGCCCAUGCAGCCGCUCGAGCAGGAAGACGGAGACGAGAUGGACGCGGAUGGGGAGGCGGAUGAAGACGUCGAGAUGUGA